GGGAUUGUCAAUCUGCCGUUCAUGGGAUGACAUCCUGUCCCCCCGCAAACAGGGCCUAAAAUAAUCGGGGCGGUGGGCAAAGGCUUCCCAGUCCGAGAGCCCAACCAGCGCUGAACCCGGAUGACAAGACCGCCCUCCCACCCACUUGAAGAUUAAAUCUCGCCCUACUUCGUCCCCCCACGCCGUCUCUUCCUUCCUUCACCUACAUACCCUCUUGGCGCUCGCCCCGACGCCUGCUCGUCAUGAGUUCCGACGAUGAUUACGAAGUCGAGGUGCCCGACCUGGCUGCCGAUGACCCUAUGAGAGCAUUCCUGCCUACUUCUUUUGGUAAGAAGUCCAAGGAGACCGAUAUUGCAGCCCAAAUCGACCGGAGCCGGCGAGUGGUGGACAAAUCAGGCGGGGAUGGCAGCGGUGGACAGGGAAAACGGCUACAAGAGCCGAAAAAGGCACACGAUUCGAGCGAUUCCGAUAGCGACAGCGACGAUUCCGGCGACGACGACGACGAGUAUCCAGUCUCCCAUGAGCUGGUGCUGAAGACCCACGACCGCGCUGUCACUACAGUUUCACUGGAUCCUACAGGAGGGCGCCUGGCGUCAGCAUCCUUGGAUUGCACCGUCAAGCUCCACGAUUUCACCUCCAUGACCCCGACGACAUUACGAGCAUUUCGAAGCGUUGACCCCUUCGAGACGAAGUCUUCCGCCGCCAGCUCCGAGUCCCACCCAGUACACCAUGUGGAAUUCAACCCGCAGUCCGGUGGCGUGUUUCUCUGCAUCUCCGCGCACCUACAAGCUCGGAUUAUGUCGCGAGACGGAGAUGUCUUGACCGAGUUCGUCAAGGGAGACAUGUACCUCCGCGACAUGCACAACACCAAGGGCCACAUUUCCGAAAUCACGACAGGAACUUGGCACCCCACAGACAAGAACGUCUGCGUCACAGCAGGAACAGACAGCACGCUGAGAAUUUGGGACAUCAAUAAUAAGCGCUCGCAGAAGGAGGUUAUUGUGUUCAAGUCUAAGGCUGCCGGUGCGGCUGGCAGGACUAAGAUGACGACGGUAGCCUGGGGCUCUCCCGCGCAAGGAGGAAACAAUAUCCUCGUCGCAGCAGCACUGGAUGGCUCACUUGUCAUGUAUAGCGGGAACAGCCCUUUCUCGCGUCCUGCAGGAGAAAUCCGGGACGCCCAUAAGCCCCAGACAUGGACAGGUGGUAUCGACAUCUCCGCUGACGGUCGCAUGAUUGUCACGCGCGGCGGCGACGACUUGAUCAAGCUCUGGGAUACUCGAAAAUUCACCAAGCCCCUCGUGACGGUUUCGCAUCCCUCGACAUCGGAUCACUACGCAACGAGCAACAUCAGAUACGGACCCAAUUCGACGAGCAUCAUCACCGGGUCUGCGACAGGCCAUCUCCACAUCCUAAACCCGGGCAACUUGCGGGCAGAACACGUCACCCCGAUAACACCUGGAUCGGCUCUUAUCACCGUGGAUUGGCACCCCAAGAUUAACCAGAUCAUCACAGGUUCAGCUAACGCGGAGACUCACGUUCUCUACAAUCCUACAAUGUCAAGUCGCGGAGCGGUAGAAGUCAUGUCAAGAGCCCCGAAGAAGCGCCACAUCGACGAUAACCCCGAAUUCACAAUGGACCAAUCCGUGGGUAUUUCUGGAGACGCAAUUGUGACUCCAGGUGCACUAUCCGGUUCGCGACGGGCUGGAGUGACGGCAUCCGGCCGAUCGAAGGACCCCCGACGCCCCAACAUCCCACAGCAGACGCCGUUCCAGAAGAACCAGCCCGACGAACAGCGCAUUGCGGAAAACAUUCCCCUGGCGCGCAUGCUGCACGAAGAUCCGCGCGAGGCUUUGUUAAAGUAUGCUGACAAGGCCCAGAGUGAUCCCAUGUUCACCAAGGCCUGGAGUAAGACGCAACCCCAGACUCAAUAUGCAGAACUCAGCGACGAGGAGGACGAGGGCCCCGACAAGAAGAAGGCUAGGAGGUGAUGCGACAAACACAUCUCGGGCGAUUGACUGCGCUUUUUGGAGGAGACGCCCCAAUAAUGUAAGGCUCGUGUAACACCCCUCGUAAAGCGCCGAGACGCGUUUGCAAACGCUUUUGGUGGAUGCAAACAAGCUGCCGCCUCACUUUCCCACAACGAGCCAGGACCCACUCACGCGAUACGGCAAAACGUUGCCUCGAUAGCAGACAGUUUGGCUACUUUACCCACAUCGGCAUACCCUUUGCUACAGAGUACUUACAAUUUCUGGGGAGGACAAGGUAUCGAAGACAGAGACGAUGGACUCGGUGG